AUGUUGGCGGCCACAUCCGUUGGCUCCGCGCGAGGAAUUUCCACUUGCUCUUGUUUAUUUGUGAGAAUCAAGCAGACAGAAAAUGAAAUAGUCCAAAUGUUCCGUUUGGGAGCUCCGAAAGACGACGAGCCCAACUUCAGAAACCCUCUUUCGACAAGGAGAACUGCUUCCUCGAGAACGCUGGACGAGCGGUUCAUAAGAAUCUUGAAGAUAUUUAAGUGGGGCCCAGAUUCCGAGAAGGCCCUGGACGUGUUGAAACUAAAAGUCGAUCACAGAUUGGUUCGUGAGGUCUUGCAGGUUGACGUGGAAAUCAACGUGAAGCUUCAGUUCUUCAAGUGGGCCGGCAAGAGAAGGAACUUCGAGCACGAUUGCUCGACCUACAUGGCCUUAAUCCACUGCCUCGACCAAUCGGGCCUUCCAGGCGGGAUGUGGAAGGUCAUCCAAGAAAUGGUCAGAGGUCCAUGUGCAAUUGACCCGGCCCAUCUCUCGGAGAUCGUAAAACUCUUGGGCAGGGCCAAGAUGGUGAACAAAGCCCUCUCGGUUUUCUACCAAGUCAAAAACCGAAAAUGCAUGCCAACAGCUGGCACGUACAACUCCAUAAUCAUGAUGCUCAUGCAAGAAGGCCAUCACGAGAAAGUUCACGAACUGUAUAACGAGAUGUGUAGUGAAGGUAACUGCUUUCCCGAUACCGUAACUUACAGUGCCCUCAUAUCAGCAUUCGCGAAAUUGGGCCGUGACGAGUCAGCAAUUAGGCUGUUUGAGGAAAUGAAAGACAAUGAGCUCUUGUGGUCGCGUUGCGUGCUCGAUCUCUUGGCCGCUUGUGGGUUGUCUUGA